AUGCGGCUGCUGCGCCUGCUGCAGCUGGUCUUCCUGAAGGUGUGGAUGCCGGAUCUGGAGGUCAUGCUUUGCGUCAUCGUGAGCAGUGUGGCCAUCGCCCGACGCUACCGGUUAUGGUUGCUGAUUCUCGUGAUGAUGUUGAAGCUUCGUUUUCGUCGUUGCCUUGUGUGGCUGCUGAUCCUUCCUGUAUUGUGCAUGUUCCACUUUGUGCCGCGAUGCCUUGGGUGGCUGCUGAUCCUAACUGUGGUGAACCUGUUCCUCAUCGUGACCUGCUUGAUCGUUGUGUUCGUCAACAUGCGGCUGGUCUUCCUGAUGGCGGGGACACUGGAUUUGGAGUUUGUGCUCAAGUUUCGUCUUCCUCGCUGCCUGGUUGGUGCGGCUACUGAUAUUCCCUGUGUUGUGCGUGUUCCUCUUGUGAUUUGGCUGAUCGACGUGCUCAUCUUCCUGGUGUUGUCCUGCACGCUGGUUAUGGGUGUGUACAACGCCCGCCUCCCCCUGGCGUGGCAGAUGGUGCUCACGUCGAGGAUGUAG